AAGAUACUAAUGGCAGAUACAUCCAGUGAUUCAGACAACUUUCCUAGGGGUCAAAUAGGAAGGCGGCCACCUUUGAGAGCAUCCCACAACAGAGCUUGGAACUAUGGUGCUGAAGAAGUUACAGAGAAGAUCCAUACUUUAGCAAGCACUUUACAGGAUACCAACAGAAAUCUAAGGCAUGUUGACCACUUGCUAGGACAAUACAGAGAGUACAACAAGGAACAAACCGAAGCAAUAGCAACUUUAAAAGAAACACUGGAACAAUCUAUAGGUCAGUUAAGGAGCCAACGAUUAACCCGAAACUCUGGAAUAAGAAGUGCUUCUCUCUCCAGUUUAUACCCUAGUGAUCUGGAUGGUGAAGGAGUGGCAGGGAACCACCACUUCCUGCCUACUUCUCCUCUCAGGGAUUAUGGAGACUCACAGGGCAAUAAACAUCGAAGGUCUAGAUCUGCAAGUGUUCGAUUUGUCAAUGAGGCAGAUAAUUUGGACCAGCUGCAUUCUUUCCAUCAGUCUCUUCGAGAUUUCAGUAGUGAACAAGUUCGUCUAGGAGAUGACAUCAGUCGGGAGCUUUCAAGACGAAAUCGGACUGAUGCUGAAUUAAGAAAGACUCUAGAAGAAUUGUCUGAAAAGCUCACCGAGUCCCAAAGACAAGAAACGGUAUCAGAACGGGUAGAGAGAAGACUUCAGGAGAUAGAGCAAGAAAUGCGUGCUGAAAGACAGCUUGUAGAAAGGCGCCAGGACCAACUGGGACGUAUGUCUUUUCAAUUACAAGAGGCUUUAAGGAAGCAAGAUGCUAAAGCAGAUGAAACAGAAGAACUCAUGAAAAAUAAACUCGUGAAAUAUCAAAGUGAAAAGAACCAACUUGAGCAGGAAUUGGAGCAGUCCCGGAAAAAGUUGAAUGAAUCAGAAGGCAGUAGAGAAGCUCUUUUGCAUCAGGUUGAAGAUCUUCGUUCUCAACUUUUGAGAGCAGAAGAAGACCGUGUGGAGUUGCAACAUCAAAUUUCACAUGUUGCUAUGCACCGCCAGAGCUACCAGGAUGUACAAGAUGAUGACAGGAGAAUUAGAAUGGUAACUGAAAGAUAUGAGAGAGAGAAGCAAGAACUGGAGAAACAUAUUUUGGACCUUAAAGCAAAGCUGAGUCAUAAUGCUGUAAUGUCAGAGGUAGAAGAACUGAAGAGAUGCAUAGAGACUAAGGACAAAGAGAAAGCACAGCUUGUAAUGCAUAUACAGGUGUUAACAUCUGACCUGGAAAACAGGGAGAAGCAGCAGGAAAAAAUGCUGAACCAGCUAAAGGAGAUACAGAGUUGCUACAAGGUUUGUGAGAAUGGACGUAGACAAACUGAACUCCAGUCUGCUGAGUUAGCUCAACAGGUUGAAGAGAGUACUAAGGAAGCAGAACGGUACCUCACUGAAUUCAAACAUUCAGAGGCACUCAGGCUGGAGGUUGAGAAAAAAAGAGAAGAUCUGAAGGUGAGAGCACAGGAAGCCAUCCGCCAGUGGAAGCUGAAGUGUAAGAAACUAGAUCGUGAUGUGGAAAAACAAAAGGAAACGAUCAGUCAACUGAUGGACAAGAACAGUCAGGCUCUCAAAGAAAAGGAUGACCUCAGAAGUCAACUUCUCUCUGCUAUACACCAAAUAGAAAACCUUCGGAAAGAGCUGAAUGAUGUGCUUACAAAGAGAGCCCAGCAGGAAGAACUUCUCCACUGCAAGGAGGUAAAGCUGAAUGAAAUGAAGUCUCACCAGGUAUCUCUUGAAGAAGAAAUCAAAGAAGUUCAAGGUACUGUAAAUAAAUUGGAGAAUGAGUUGAAAAAGCAAGUCUUUCUACAAAAUCAAAUGCAAGCUGAAAAAGAACACUUGGAGACCGAACUUGCAACUAUUAACUUGAUCCAUAAAAAAGACCAAGAAAGGCUCUUAGAAAUGCAAGCAGAUGUAAAAAACUUAAGCUCUGUACGUGUGGAACUAACAAACAGAAUAGCAGAAGAGGAGAAAGUCAAAAAGGAAUUACAUAAGAGCCUCUCAGAUCUCCAGAAAGAGCAGGAAUCUAAGCGUGAAGAGAUGACUUCAGCUAACAGGCAGCUGAAGAUUGAAAGAGAAGUUCACCAACAGGAGCUGGCAGAUCUUAGAUCAGAGUUACAAAACGUUAAAAUCAAACAUGAACGAAAUGUUCAAGAGCUGAUGAAACUACUUAAACAAGAAAAGGAUGAUGCAGAGGCUCAGAUUAGAAUGCUAAAGAUGGAACUUUUAGAAGAGAAAAACAUAGUCAAGACUCAGUGUCGACAACUGGAGAAGAUAAAAAUUGAGUGUGAUAAAUUGACAGAAGAAUUAACCCAAAAUGAAGAAGAAAAUAUAAAACUUAGGCGGAAAUGUGAGCUUGUAAAACAAGAACUGGAGAAAAAGGAGAAACAGAUAAGCAAUGAAGAAGAUAAUUUGAGAAGGAUGGAUGAGGCCAGAUUACAGUUUAAAGAUCAACUGCAUCACUUAGAAAUGGAACAGGAAUCCAUUCUCACUGUGAUAGGAAGCGAAAUUGAUGCUGCUUGUGAAAUUUUUUCUCGGGACUCUAUGGAGAAAUUCAAAGCAAUAUCACUUACACCAAUGGUGCUGAAUGAUCCUCAUCGCUGGUUAGCAGAAACAAAGACCAAGCUACAGUGGCUGUGCGAGGAAGUAAAGGAGAGAGAUAGUAAGGAAAAAAAGCUGCGAUGCUACUUACUGCAGAGCCGAGAACAGCUUAAGCACUUUACACAGAUGAAGGAGGCUGAGCAUCAGUCUCUCUUUAAACAGAUAAAAAAGCAAGAAAAACUUCUGGAAGAAGUUCACAGAGAAAAAAGAGAGCUACUAGAGAAGACCCUCAGAAGAGAGGAAGAAAUGGGAGCUCUCCAGGAACGUAUUAUGGCCUUAGAAGUGAGUACUCGAGUAGCUUUAGACCAUCUGGAAUCUGUUCCUGAGAAACUGGGCCUUUUAGAAGAUUUCAAAGAUACUGGAGAGUCCCAUUGCCGAAGGGAGAUGAUUGAGGAAAGGUAUACAAAGUAUAAAGAAAUAGUGAGUUCUCUACAGCAACAGCUGGAAGAUUCAAAACAAAGAGUCCAACAAUUCAAGGAUGUGAAAAUGGAUACUGAAAUUUCUGAUGUAGAAUUGGCUGUUCCCUCUUCUAGUUGGCGAACUCAGAACAGCUUUCUGUCCAGCUCACUGCUCUCAGAUUCAGGUUCACUUACGAAAAGACUGGUUCCUUUUGAUACAAGUGCCACCAAGGAAGAUUCCAUUAGUGAAAUAAAGCUGCAAGCAGAAAGUGGGAAGCAGUAGAACAUUUUAUAAAAACACACCAGUUUUCUCUGUGGUAAAUUCCAUUCCCCUCCUUUUUGGGUUUGAACAGUAGUAAUUCCAUCUACUGUAGGAGUGAUGCAACCUUAGCGAUUCAGCUAUUGCCAAAUGCUUAAAUGAAAGAGGACCAAGAGUGAGUCUAAUGCACUCGUGAUAAUUUCUGUAAUUUGUACACCAAAGGUUUUCUGGCAUUAUGCUGUUCUCUUGUAUUUGUUUUUGCAGGCCUCCUAAACUAAUUUUAUGGUAUUCCUGACAUACUAUGAAAUGAAAAACCGAUGACGUUAAUCUUUGCUAUGAGCAUAUUAACCUGUGUACAGGAAUUUUUCUAACAUUUGGGUUUUUAUAACAUUUAGUAACAUUAUUAAUAAUGAAAACAUAAUCAGAAAUUACCUUUGUAUUAAUAUUUAUUCUGAGAGUCAUUAUGCAGUGUUGUGCGGGCACAUUUGUGAUUUUAGGUUCUUCAGUUUGCCACAAUCUUUUAAGACAAAAGUGAUAAAUAUUAAACAAAACUAAAAUUUCCUCAAAAUCAGUGGAAAUUCAUAUCAUGAUUUCAGGUUCAGUGUAUAUCUGUUAUAAGAUGUUCAGAAUUAUUUUUCUGACCAGAACAGUUUUAUCAGAUGACCUCUGGUAAGGCCCUUAACGGCAUCUGAAUCUCACCCAUCUCUAUUAAGCAUGUUGAAGGGCAGUGCUAUGUGGCUGUGAAAAGUUUAAUAGCAGGGUUUCAUGAUCAUUUAUUUAUUCUGUUUUGUUCUCUAUUAGAAGAGAUGUGUCAUAUUGAUUUAAAAAAGUUAUGGAAAUACAAUAUUACACAGGUGUAUUUGUUUGGAUAUCUGUAUUCAAAAAAAAAUUGGAUACAAUUCUGUGUUACUGUGUCUCAAACAGCACAUCACAGCAGAAUUUUCUUCUGUCACAAGAAAUACAAGUGUUUCUGGUUCUUGUUUUGUUCUCCUUUCUAGUGCUUCUGGUUGAACCACUACUAACGUGCCUUUAAAAAACCUGCCAAAUCUAUCAGAUUGUAGCAACAUGAACAGCAUUGGAACCAUUUUGUUUUGUAGGCUCCUUUCUUAUUUAGGAAUCCUACUUCUCUGACACAGUCUUUUUUUAAUCACUGUAGAUGUCUCAGGCAUAAUUUGCAGGUCACUAUGUGCCACGUGAAAAUGGGACCUUUUAUUUUUUUUUUUUCUUCAUUUGUUAAAUUUUCUGAAGUGUACUGCAGUCCCAGUAGGUUCUUUGUACAGUGAACCUACUUGAUAAUGCCCUUGUAUUCAUCCUGUUUCAAACAGUACUUCUUUCUGAGAACAUCA